AGUCUAAAACAAACAUAUGACGGUGGGUGUAAGCUAACCUCCUCACCGUUCCCCUUUGAUUAGGUCGGUAUUGCCAAACUUCGUCCUCACCACUCAUUUCACAACACCCACACACAAAACACCCAAAUUUCUCACACAAAAACCCUAAUUCCUCUCAAAUUCCACCAAAAUCCACUCAAUUUUUCUCGUAAUCUUCUUCCACACCCAACCUAAUCAUCAAUCGCUCACUUUCCGCCAUUUUCAGAGCUCAAUUUGAGCCGUUUUCAUGGGGUAAAUCAUCAGUUUCUCGAUAAUUUGUUUGCUUUUUAUGGAGUGGGAUAGUAGCGACUCUGAUCUGAGCGGAGACGACGAAGGAUUCUUGUUGAACGAUGGAGGUCCAUUGCCGUUUCCCGUUGAUAGCUUGCUUCAACCGGCGCCGUGUGGAUUCGUUGUUACUGAUGCUUUGGAGCCUGAUAAUCCUAUUAUUUAUGUGAAUUCGGUUUUUGAGAUUAUUACUGGUUAUCGUGCUGAAGAAGUCCUCGGUCGGAACUGCCGGUUCUUGCAAUGCAGAGGUCCAUAUGCAAAGAGAAGGCAUCCUCUAGUGGAUUCCACUGUAGUCUCGGAAAUUCGUAGAUGCCUUGAGGACGGGAUUGAAUUCAAAGGAGAAUUAUUAAAUUUCACAAAAGACGGUACCCCAUUAAUGAACCGGUUGCGUAUGACCCCUAUAUAUGGCGAUGACGACGCGAUAACACAUAUUAUCGGUAUACAGUUCUUCACAGAAGUCGAUCUUGAUCUGGGCCCACUCACCGGAUCCACAGCAAAAGGAACCGUGAAGUCAUCUGACCCGUUUCGGUCUAGUCUUCUCUCUUGUCGGCUAACUCCAGAUGGGACCCGCAACUCUUCUCGCGGACUUUCCGGGAUUCUACAAUUAAGCGAUGAAGUGAUUUCUCUUAAAAUUCUCUCACGGUUAACCCCACGAGAUAUUGCAUCUGUCGGUUCGGUUUGCAGACGGUUCUACGAGGUGGCUAAGAACGAAGACUUAUGGAGAAUGGUUUGUCAGAACGCGUGGGGUAGUGAAACGACGCGGGUUUUGGAAACGGUUCCCGGAGCUAAAAGGUUAGGAUGGGGUCGGUUGGCUAGAGAACUCACCACUCUUGAAGCGGCUGCAUGGCGGAAACUGUCCGUUGGCGGUGCUGUCGAGCCGUCACGGUGUAAUUUCAGUGCGUGUGCGGUUGGGAACCGUGUAGUUCUGUUUGGCGGUGAGGGUGUCAAUAUGCAACCAAUGAAUGAUACUUUCGUUCUGGAUUUAAAUUCUAGCAAACCCGAGUGGCAACAUGUGAAAGUUGCCUCACCGCCACCGGGUCGUUGGGGUCAUACGCUUUCGUGUGUAAACGGUUCUAAUUUGGUAGUGUUCGGAGGAUGCGGGACCCAAGGGUUACUUAACGAUGUAUUCCUCUUGGAUUUGGACGCCAAACAUCCAACAUGGCGUGAAAUUUCCGGUUUAGCCCCUCCGCUUCCACGAUCAUGGCAUAGUUCCUGUACUCUUGACGGGACAAAAUUAAUCGUUUCGGGUGGUUGUGCGGAUUCCGGUGUACUGUUAAGCGAUACUUUUCUACUUGAUCUUUCUAUGGAGAAACCGAUUUGGAGAGAGAUACCCGUCACAUGGACCCCACCUUCUCGUCUCGGUCACACUUUAUCGGUGUAUGGUGGUCGUAAAAUCUUGAUGUUCGGCGGUCUUGCUAAAAGCGGGCCUCUUAGGUUCCGGUCUAGUGAUGUUUUCACCAUGGAUUUGAGUGAGGAUGAACCGUGUUGGAGAUCCGUGACCGGAAGUGGGAUGCCCGGUGCGGGUAAUCCAGGUGGCAUCGCUCCACCGCCCCGGCUUGACCAUGUAGCCGUGAGCCUCCCUGGCGGCAGGAUACUAGUCUUCGGUGGUUCCGUUGCGGGUCUUCAUUCCGCCUCGCAGCUUUAUAUUCUUGACCCCACUGAGGAAAAACCCACAUGGCGGAUGUUAAACGUACCAGGGCUGCCACCGCGGUUCGCUUGGGGUCAUAGCACGUGUGUUGUUGGCGGUACGCGAGCCAUUGUUCUUGGCGGUCAAACCGGUGAGGAAUGGAUGCUAAGUGAGCUUCAUGAACUAUCUUUAGCAAGUUCUGUUAUCUAAACAUAUCCGAAAAGCUUUUGUACAAAAAAGUCAACACGUGUGGUUGCUCGGGUCAACACUUACAGGUGUGUGGCGAUCUCGAAGAGGGUGUUCCGUUUUAAGGUACGAUUUUUGUCAGAUUUGUGCAGAAAACGUUUUGUACUUAGUUUUUUGGUAAGCAGUAAUUGACAGAUUGGAUAGGGUAUAAUACUAUAUUACUAUAAUAUACUUAGGUCUUGUUUUUCAUAAUGUAAGCUCUCUUGUAAUGCUAUGGUUUAAGGUCCUGUGUUGGUUGUAUGUUGGUUGUAUAUAGGAAAUGACAAAUUUGUCCUUAACUCUCUGUAUUCAGCUCCUCUGCUAUGUUCCCGGGAAGCCAUCGCCGUCAUCUUUUUGAACUUGGUCCAGCUCCUUGUUUGGCCAUGGAUGACGACUUUUAUUUUUGUGGGGGCACGAUGGCUUUAAGUGGCUGGCUAUAUACAUAUAUACCUUUGGUGGUUUUGUCA